AUGGACGAAGCUACCAAGGCGCAGCAUGCGGUCAAUUCCGCUCCCGUCAGCGACCUAGCCAGCUGCUAUCAGAAAUGGGCCGAGCAGGACAUGGAAAGGAACCGCUUCGUGCAGAUGCUGCUGCAGAGAGUCCACAGCAACGACGAUGAGAUUCGCCGCCUGAGGCUGGAUCUCGACGCCCAGAGCUCGUCCCGCAUCAUGUACCAGCAACAGGCGGCCGAUUACAUGGCUCGCAACGAAGAGUACAAACGUCUUAUCAAUAACGACGCCUACGUUGCCGUUCUCGUCGAUGGCGACGGCGCCAAGUUCCGCGAUAACCUGCUGAGGGACCCCGUCCACGGCGCCGUCGAGGCGGCCCAAUUGCUCAAGCAGCAAAUCGUCGACCACCUCCGCAAAGAUACCCCCCUCGGCGACGAUGUGCCCAUUUUCGUACGCAUCUUCGCCAACGUCAAAGGCCUCGCAAAGGCCCUGCGCAUAUCGGGCGUCAUCAAUCAAGACGAGGAUAUGCAUAUGUUUGCUGAGAACCUCACCAAUAGCCGCGCCGAGUUCGACUUUGUCAAUGUUGGUCACGGCAAGGAAAAUGCUGAUUCCAAGUUGAGGCGCAUGCUUAACUACUACCACAAAGAUAUCCGCUGCAAGAAGAUCUUCUUCAUUGCUUGCCACGAUGGGGGCUAUACCCACGCCCUGCGCCCGUAUAUUGGAGACAGGGAGAACCGCAUCGUCCUCGUCGAGACAACACCGGCGGAACAUAAUAUUAGGAACCUUGGCCUACCAAUUACUCGUUUCGACAACGUCUUUCGCGACACACCACUCAAUAAUGAGACCAAAUUUAGUAUGCCACCGCCGCAACCGCAGGCGCAGCAGCCGCCGCCGCCUCAGAGCAAAGUCACCAGCCCGCCUGCUCCUAUCUUUGCUGCGGUUCCGCCCAAUGCCCUGACGCCGAGCACGACGCCGACACCGCCGCCGUCAGUGACGCACCGGCCAGAGGCAACCAUCGUUAGCUCAGGGAACGGAGGCGUCUCCAUUAAGCACAAAGGAAGCUAUGCUUCGGCCGGCGGAGCCAAUGGACACCAAAACCUUGCCGUUAGAAGCACCAAGGCCCGCCCGCCCAAGACUAUCGAGUUCAACGCCGACAAUGUCCGCCUCGACCCGCCUGUCAAGAUGCCAAAUGGCGGGCCGGCCCAAGAUUCGUACAGAAAGAAGCUCCAAUCGGCAAGUAUGGGCGCUUUCUGUAACAGCCACUACCUGAUGGGAUACUGCGGCUCCACUAACUGCGGCCGAGAGCACGAGAUGAGGCUCACGGCCGAGGAGCUGAGCGUCCACCGCUACAAGGCGCGCACCAGCCCUUGCCACCAUGGGCCCAAGUGCAUGAACUUUGACUGCGUCCUCAGCCAUCACUGCCCGCAGGACCCGUACUGCACUCGGGGAAGGGAAUGCCGCUUCUCCAAGCAUGCCAAGUACGGGAACCUGCACCUGUCCAAGGAGGAGCUGAAGCCAGUGAAGCGAUGGACCGAAGGCUCGGACUUUCCGGAACUACUCUAA